UUCAACAGCACAGGACUCAGACUGCUACAGAGAUGCAAGGCUCUUCUAGACCCCUGGAGAAUUUCCCCCUGCAGGGAGGUGCAGGAGAUGGAACUGUGGUGAUUCCCAUACGCGAACAUCCUAAAGAUUACAUAGUUUGGUCCUUGGCCACCAUCUACUGUGGAAACCCACUCUGCCUGGGGCUGCUGGCCUUUUAUUUCUCAAUAAAGUCCAGAGACCGGAAGAUAGUGGGAGAUCUGGAGGGAGCAAGAACAUACGGAUCUACCGCUCGUUGUUUCAACGGAUGGGCCCUCGCUCUGAUUAUUAUCACCAUAAUAAUCGUCAUCAUCGUAGUGGUUAUGGCUGUCAAGGGUGGCUUAGUGGCAUACAGUCUGCUUAACAAAAUAUAAAAAACUGUUGUCUCUGUCUCAGCUUUGCUAAGCAAAAGGAUCAUUGUCAGAAUGAAAGCUUUUCAUGUUGAUCUCAUUAACAUUUCACGCUUUGUAACUGGAUGCUUUGUCUUGUUAGAGAUAUUUUUUGUGAACGAAAAGUAAAAUUUCUCUUACUUUUAUGAAA